UGAUUGGAAGUAGUGAUGUUAUGUGAGGACAUCUCGCCGGGAAAGCAGGAAGCAGCGUGGGCAGAUCAGCACUUUAGCACCAUGAGUGGGCUUCUCAAGAGGAAGUUUGAGGAGGUGGAGGAGGACCCGUGCUACUCUUCAUCCUCUCCCUCGUCUCUCUCCUCCUCUGCCUACUCCGGCUGGGACUCGGAUGGCGAGAGCUGCUACUCGGACACCCUGGACUCCACGCCCAGUAACCCGAGCUCACCGGCAGCGUCAUUCAGCACCACCUCCAUCCUCAAAAAGACCAAAAGACCACGGCGGGGCAAUGUGCAGUUCGAUCAGGUGACCGUCUUCUUCUUCCCACGGUGCCAGGGUUUCACCAGCGUACCUAGCAGAGGCGGAUGCACGCUGGGCAUGAUGCAGAGGCACAGCGCACAGCGCCGCUACACGCUGGCUGAGUUUGCGAUGGAACAGCGCCACCUACGGCGUGAGAAGAUCAAGAACAGGAUAAAAGAAGAGAAGCUGGAGGCUCUGAAACAGAAGCUUACUAAGAACGGUACCCAAGAAUCCGAAGAGGCAGACCAGCUGACUGUGGACGACAUCCCAGAGGAAGAGAUCGAUCUCAGCGGCGUGAACCUUGACAGUGGGUCAUUCCUCCACCCUUACCCAUCCAAGAGGCGGCAUGCCAUCCUGAAAGAGGCCGGAGUGAAGAAGAUUGACAAGGAGGAGAAGAGGCAGCUGCAUGAGCUGCGCAUGUCACGGGAGGACUGUGGCUGCGACUGCCAGGGCUUCUGCGAGCCUGAAACCUGCAGCUGCAGUUUGGCUGGCAUCAAGUGUCAGAUGGACCACUCGUCCUUCCCUUGUGGCUGCACCAAGGACGGCUGUGGGAAUACAGAGGGCCGCAUCGAGUUUAACCCCAGUCGUGUUCAGACCCACUACAUUCACACCAUCAUGAAGCUGGAGCUAGAAAAGCGUCUAGAGGAGCAUGCUUCUGAAAAUGACGCCACGUCAGACGAGCAGCCCGAGAUGAGCUCCCGAGCCCUCUGUCCAGCAGAGGGCAGCGUUGAGCCUAACGGCUCAAGCUUUCAUUUCAACUCCGAAUUAGCAGCUGCUGGAGAGAACAGCUGUAGUAGUGACAUGACGGACUCUUCUAGUUCUUCGGGUCAGAGCGAGGACUCGGAAGCAACUGACGCACCUCGGAGCGAACAGUCGUCUCUCGACGUGGACGAGAAUGGACUCGCGCAGAUCCUGAGCUUCAGCGACACGGAUAACGAUGAAUGCUCUUUACACUGCAGGGACACCAGCUGCAGUCAACAGCAGAGAAGGACCGAGACGUCAUCUGUAGGAUAUGGCAUCUUCAGCACUGUGGACAACGUAGACAGUGACGAUAACGCGUGCACACCACAAACAGAUCGUACAGACCGAGCUGCGGCUGUGUCCGAGCUCUCGGACGAAAACGCGAAUCAAGACGACACUCUCUUUCACAGCGAAUCGGUUCCGAACACCCCGUCUCCUACCAUCGAUAAUUACAUGGACCUGAGCCUCUCCUCGGAGUCCGACUUGGAGUUCUUCGACGGCUUUCCCUGUCUAGGACCCAGCUCGCUGUACAACUCUCUCAAGGAGUAUGAACAUUUGGACAACUUUUUUCAAUUUCAAUUGCCUGCCUACCCCAGCUUCCCACAAGUCAAUGACCAAGGCACCGGUCUCUUGGAGUCGCUCAUCGGUUUGUCAGAAUCUGUCCCAGAACCACCUGCUACUACGUUCACAGACAAUCAGAUGCUGGAAGAAGCCAUGAAGUUGUCCGUGAUGGAGUAUGUAAAAGUCUGAAGCGGUUGGACGUUUAAUUUUAAACACUAUGGCGGGAAAAAAAAAAAAAACGAAGAGAGUAUACAAUUGUAAAUGAAUACAGCUUUAAUGUAAUUUUGUAAUUUAUGGCGGCCUCUAGCUAUCAAGGCUAUCAAAAUUUGCAUUAGUUGCCUUGAAAAUGUUAGCAGUCUUAUUACUAUUAUUAUUAUUAUUACUAUCAUUAUUAUUGCCAUCAAAGUGGCAGCUAAUAUUUCAGUUUAAAGUCUCUGGCUGUCGGUUUGAGAAUAUUUGUACAUAUGGCCAGGAAGGUUGAGCUGAAUUGGUCACCCACAUUGGUGUUACUAAUAUUAUUACUAUUGAUAAGAUUAUUUAUAUGAACUUUACACAGGGCACAGAUGGGAGUCUUUUAAAAAAUGAAAAAAGAAGAAAAUGCUGAUUAUGCACCUCAGGGACUUUUUCUAGCUUUUGGAAGCAAUGUAUUGUGACCAUACAUCGCUGUGAUAGACCCUAUUCGGCUCUUCUGAGACUUUCCACCAAAACUCGAAACAGCAUUUUAAAGACCCCCUGUAGGGUUUCUCCGUCACGUCUGUACGGAAUCGCAAAGCUAGAGGAAGACUCCUCUCGUUCCACAAAACGGCUCAUUGGGAUCUAUAAAUGGUACACGAAUCUCCCCAAAGGCUCCUCAAUUAGCACUUUACCUGUGAAAAUAUCAAUGGAACUCAAGCGGGGGGCGGAUGGGUUGCUGAUGUGUUGACUUCUUUGCGUUCGGUAAAGACGUCGCGCCAUUAUUAUUAUUUUUUUUCCGUGUUAAAAGUUAGCACAAAAGUUACGCUACCGAGCGUGUUUUUUUUUGUUUUUGUUUUCUUACCAUGCCACGAAGACUUCAGUUUUCAAAAUCUCAUUCAAAAUACUCCUCGUGGAGAAUCCUUGCAGAACUGUGAGAUCUAUUUACCAUUACUACUUUAUGACUCUAUUUAUUCCUUAGGUUUUGAGUUUAUUUAUUUAUCUAUCUCUGAACACCAACUGAGUAUCUGAGCCACUCUGAGCUCUGGAAACGUGAAACGUGCAGCUUCUUGUGUGAGGGUUUUUAGGCCGUUUGUCAACGCUCGAAUCCGUUCGCGGUCGUUAACUCGCGUGAAGCAAAAUUUCUGUUAAGUUAUUUCACGGUUCAUUUCAGUAGUAUACUAAUUUAUUAAAUAGUUGCGCAAUAAAAGAAGAAGAAGAAGAAGAAAAAGAGCGGCGUUAAAAAGUUUACUCUAUGUGCCUGUUAAUCCAAGGAGCCAUGGUUGCUGGUCUAAUGUAAAAAGAGAGUUCUUUUCUAAGUGAUAAGCGUUUAAAAAAAUAAAUAAAUAAAAAUAAAAAAAACCCCAACCUACCUAUUUCCUAAGAUCAGAAUUGCAUUAUUGCCCAUGAUGUUGCCUACAAUAUAGAGAAUUACACUAAAAAAAAUUUUCUAAUUUAUGUAGAUUUGAGAGAAUUCUAAUCUCUAUCAUUGACAAACUAUUUUAUUAAAAAAAAUAAUUAAAAAAGGCAAUUUUUGUCACAUAUUGAAACAUUUGUAAUAUAUUAAUAUAGUUACACAGAUAGUUAUACUUCUAAACUUUAUUCUGGCCAGAAGUAAAAGAUUUAUUUCUUUUGUAAUGCCUUUUUCAGUUUAAUUAAACGAAAUUCGAUUGUACUAGAAUGUUUCGGCAGAAAUGAUUGACCACAUGGACUGUGGAUGAUUAGUUUAAAAAAAGAAAAAAAAGAAAAAUCUUUUGGAUAAAUUCUGCAUAUAUUAUGCAAAAGUGUAUUAUAUUAUGCAAGACGUAGAAGAACAAAACAGCGUUUGGUUGCCCAUGUCUCAAAGCUAAAACGUCCUCGAUGGAGGAACAUGUAGACAUGAUGUACAUACUCCACCUCCCACCCUUCAGUUUCUACGACUCGUCUCGACGUUCUAAAGCUAUUGCAUGUGAGAUCGAUUCACACUUUCGUCUCAGUAUAUGAUUUGCAAGCGCAAAACUGCACAAUCGGAACCGUAUUUGCUUUUCGCCUUCGUGUGCUGUUCUUGAAACACAACAUUCAUUUCCAUUCUCAAGAGGGCACUGCUUUCUGCAAGUACGCCGUAUUUCCUUGUAAAGACGCAUCACUCCUUAUGAAGAAACGGAAAAACGAUGGGUAUUUAUUAGGCUUAAUUAUUAUUAUUAUUAUUAUUAUUAUUAUUGUAUGUUUUGAUCUACAAGGCUUUUUUUUUUUUUUUUUUUUAAAGUGUUUCUUAAUUUGGUCAUUUAUGUUGUACAUAUUUUUUCAGCUUAAAAUGGUACUACAGAGCAAACCGAGCUGCUUUUUUUAAUUUUAUUUUAUUUUUUUAAAUAUAUUUUCACGCUCAACAGGUAAAAGCUGUUCAUUUUCAUUCAAGUCAGUUGACAGUAGUUUGUCAUUUCAAAAUAAAAGUUCAGCUUUUUCUUA